GGGGCGCGGGCGUUGGUGUUGGCAGGUCCUCGGCCGUUGGCAGAGCUCGGCCCGGAGACGGUCGGUGGACACCAGGCUCCCUCAGAGGCCAGGUCUGUCCAGGGCCAGAGGGAGUGAUCGGGCAGCCCGUGGAGAACAUCAGCCCCCGGCGUGAAGAUGGCGGACAAAGGCAAGAAGGACAAAGCCAAAGAGGCGAAGGAGGAGAAGAAGGACGAGAAGAAGGACGAGAAGAAGGACGAGAAGAAGGACGAGAAGAAGGACGAGAAGAAAGACGAGAAGAAGGGCGAGAAGAAGGGCGAGAAGAAAGAGAAGAAGGACGAGCAGAAGGACGAGCAGAAGGGCGAGCAGGGCGAGCAGAAGGACGAGCAGAAGGGCGAGCAGGGCGAGCAGGGCGAGCAGGGCGAGAAGCCGAAGAAGGAGCGGUCGGCGCAGCCCAGGGACGAGGUGGGCACGCGGAAGGGCUGCCGCCGCUACCGGUGGGAGUUCAAAGACAGCAACAAGGAGUUCUGGGUGAUGGGACACGCGGAGGUCAAGAUCCUGAGCGUAGGCUGCCUGGUGGGCGCGAUGACCAUGUUCACGGGGACCCCCAUACACCCCCUCAUCCCGCUCAUCCUCACCAUGGAGCUGUCCAUCUUCUGCUUCUUCUUCAUUAUCUACACCUUGGCCAUCAACAGAUACCUGCCUUUCAUCCUGUGGCCCAUUUCUGACAUUCUCAACGACCUGUUCUCCUUUGUCUUCCUUGUGGGGACCCUGGUCUUUGCAGUGAGAAUGCGACAGACCAUGCCACUGCACUACUUCAUCGCCUUGAUCCUUAUUGGCCUGGCUGGAUUUUUUGCUUUAAUCGAUAUUUGUCUCCAGAGAAAACACUUCAGGGGCAAGAGGAUGAAAAAGAACGCGCUUGUUCCUCCUCCAGGAAAGGAGGCAGAAGAGGCUGAGAAGCCAGACGCAGAGAAGUCAGAGACCGGGAAGCCCGAGGCGGGGAAGCCCAAGGCCGCAAAGCCUGAGGCUGGGAAGCCCGAGGCAGCCAAGCCGGCCGCUGUGGCCGCGGAAGGGGCGCCAAAGAAGGGCAAGAAAUGACAGGAGGGGACGCACACGGCCAGCGGCGGAGCCCCUUACACGCCAUCUUCCACUGUCUCCCUUCUUUCUAGAAUGGUUUCCUUUUCCAUUUUAAUCACCACCUUUGACUGGAAAAGAAAUUUCUCGUAUAAAUGGAUUUUAAAGUGUAAUAUGGACCUACACUGUUUUGC